UUUACAAUGCCGUAUGUGGAGAAUGCGUCUUGUGCACAUCUUCAACGCACGACUCGUGCUGCAGCCUCUUUCUUUGAGUGUGCUUGAUGAUGGCUCAUUCGCUUGGGGCUUCAAAAGAAUCAAAGUACAAACUCGCAUAUCAGCUGAGGGGGGUUGGCCAGUCCCUGUUGCCUGCCAAGCUGACAACAAGCGGCUUGUCACCGUUGGCGUGGAACUUCAGGUAACGCUUCAAGAGAACUGAGAACGCCACGUUACCUGAGUGUCACGCCCUUGGUCACAGACCGCCGCCAGGCAGGCACCAAGACGGCCUGAUUCUCGGGUGCUUUUUGGUGCGAAAAUUGAGCUUGUGGUUGCCUCAGGCCGACACGCCCAAGGACGGUGAAGCUCAGGAGUGGCCGACCAGCCGA